AUGCCUUGGCCCGAGUUCGUUGUUCGACAAUUCAAACUCGUCAAUCAGUUCACCACUGACGAGAGCGAGUAUUACGGGCCGUUCAACACCCUCCUCACAACAGUUUUCCCUCCCCACGACAACUACCAGGUUUCUCCUAAGAAUAAGCGCAUUACUGGUUCCAUUGAUUCUAGUGUGAUUUACAUUGUUAUGAAGCGAAAAGUGCCCAUUCUCUUCGUUGAAAUCAAGACCUACCAAGCAUUUGAUCGCGCGUCCUUACGCAAAGAGGCAGAUGAACAAAUACGCGACAGGUUUCUGGAUUUUACAGGAAAUGUUGCGAUUCCGACAUUGUACGGCAUCAGCGCCUUCGGUACUCGGUUCUCCGUCUAUGAAUACACGUCUGAAACCCGGUCGCUGACCCCGUACCGUAUUCCUCCACAUCCUCUCAUCCUCACCGACACCGCGCCCCAGGAGAGAUGGAACUAUGAUGUCAUGGAAUCAGAAGGAGAGGCGAGGUUUAUGGAAAUUGUUACCGAAAUUAAGAAGAUGGCAGCUGAUCUUAACCCCAAUUGUUGUACUUUCUCGUUUAAUGGCUAUGACCGUCAUUGCGUAUUACUACCAUUGGCCGGAGCGAUGGCUGCAGCCGGAUUAAGGCGAGGGGGCAGUAUCGGAAGAUAUUGCGCCAGUACGUACUCAUCACCCAGCUUCUGUGCGUCGCCGUAA